GCAUAGUUUUGUAGUCAAACAUAAAAUAAGUCGCAGCCACCAUUGGGUAUUGGCCCACUAAAUUGGACCGUUAAGCACUACCUUGUCCCUCCAACGGUCUACUUAUCCUCCCACUUUACCGUCUUCCACACUGACAAAACCCUGAAUAAAACCAAACCCUAGCAUUUUGAUUUCAUUUCAACCCUUAAAAAGAGACCUUCCUCCUUCUUCUAUCUAAACUCACACUCGAUCAUAAUUCAUAAGUCGCUAGCCAUGGAUCAAAAGUCUCCAUCAACACCAUCCCCAAUUCAACCACUUCAGAUGAAUUCUCCAUCUCCGGUCGGUGGUUCUGCUAAACUCGCCACCCCUGAUCGUCUUACAGUUCCAAAAGCAUUCAAAUAUCCAGAAAUGUAUAAAAGCCCAACUGAUCAGAUCAUGUCCCCUGUUUCUAAAGGACUUCUUGCUAGAACAAAGUCUAACAAAUCAUCGGGUCUCUUACCACCAUCGUUUACUAAAAAUCAACAACACAAGAUUCAAGCGUCCAAGUUCCAAGAUCUCGGUGCUCUUAAAACUUGA